AUGGCGGCCGAAACGCUAACCGAAAAUCAGCUGUUUGAAGCGAAGCAAGGAGGUGACAUCACCUACAUGGACAUGAUUGAAGAAACUCAGCCUCUAGGAGACUCUCAGAUACAGAAACUCUUUGCUGGGUCCGCCGUCCUCCUGACAGGAGGCACCGGCUUCCUUGGAAAACUAGUCGUGGAAAAAUUAUUGAGAUCCUGUCCAGACUUGAAGAAGAUCUUUCUUCUAGCAAGACCGAAGAAGAACAAAACCAUCACUAAAAGACUGCAAGAACAAUUUGAUGAUGUGCUGUACGACAGACUCCGCAAAGAAUGUCCAGACUUCAUCAACAAGAUCAGCAUAGUCGAAGGUGACGUAGGGCAACUAGACCUUGGAAUGUGCCCUGAAGACAGGAUCAAGAUAAUGAAUGAGGUGGAAGUCAUCUUCCAUGGAGCAGCGACAGUGAGGUUUGAUGAGCCUUUGAAGACUGCAGUGGAGAUCAAUGUUCGAGGGACAAGGGAGAUGUUCAAGCUGGCCAGGGGAUGCAGCAAGCUGAAGGCUUUUGUUCAUAUUUCUACUGCUUACAGUAAUUGUCCGCAAAAUAUGAUUGGCGAGAAGUUCUACGAUAGUCCCCUGUCGGGAGACAAGCUCAUCGACCUGGUGGAAACCAUGGAGGAGAAGGUCAUCAAUAACAUCACGCCGGGCCUAUUAGGAGAUUUCCCCAACACGUACGCUUACACGAAGGCGGUAGCUGAGAAUAUCGUCAAGGAAUACUCCAAGGGUCUACCAGUUGCGCUAUUCAGACCUUCAAUUGUUAUCGGAACAUCUAAGGAACCCGUGUCUGGAUGGAUCGACAAUGUUUACGGACCUACCGGUGUGGUAGUAGGAGCAGCUGUGGGUCUUCUCCACGUGUUGAACUGCAAUCCCAAGGUCAAAGCAGACCUGGUGCCAGGAGAUAUGGUAGUCAACGCCUGCAUAGCCACAGCUUGGAAGACGGCGAAGGAAUAUCCCAGUAACCAUGAGGAUGCUCCUCCUCCGGACCUAACCCCUCCUGUCUAUAACUACGUAUCUUCUGAACAGAGGCCUUUGACUUGGGAGAAAUUCAUGAACUAUAACGAAGUCUACGGUUUCCAAGUGCCGACCGUUCAAGCGAUAUACUACUACUUGUUCCACCUGACUCCGUCCAAGUUUCUGUACAAUUUGUACUGCUUCUUGUUACACUGGAUCCCUGCUUAUAUCAUUGAUGGCAUCGCUGUCAUUAUUGGAAAGAAACCUAUUUUAAGAAAAGCAUACAAGAAGAUAACGAAAUUCUCUGAAGUGAUGGCUUAUUUCGCGACUCGGGAAUGGAAGUUUGACAAUUCGAACACUCAACAGCUGUUCAAAGAGUUAUGUGAUGCCGACAAAUACCUGUUUGACUUUGACAUGAGUGCUUUGGAGUGGAACGAGUAUUUUUACAAUUACAUCCGAGGAGUUAGGGUGUAUUUACUGAAGGAUCCCGUCGAAACGGUGCCAGAAGGUCUUAAAAAACACCACAGGCUUAAAUUUCUACAUUAUACUUUCUGUGUAAUCUUAGGAUUGUUAUUCUUUAGGUUAUUAUGGGCUAUGAUUAGCGGUAUUCUUAGUUUUUAA